CAUGGAUGGGUUCGUGCUUGACAGCGUCACGGAGGAAACUUCGACCAAGGGGAAGAACGAGGCCCUACAGGACGAGGCGGACGAGCCCCUGCGAGCUGAGAAGAGGAGCUCAGCUGCUGCUAGCGUUCCCCGCCUGUCACUGAACCACUUCCUGAGCAACCUGCUGGGGAGGACGACGGAGGAGAACAAGGGGAAGCAGCAGGAGGGUCGAACCAGUGCUGCGAGCGAGGAGAAUGUGGAGGCAAGCGCGGGGAGCCACGUGCGUCAGACGGCUCGGAGCAGGGAGAGAAACUCGUCCUGUCCCUCCCGCGAAUGCAGCGGAGAGAGCAGGAACGCGUCUGUGGACGGGGCCUCGCCCCGGGCAUCGACCGAUGGAGCACUGAGUACCAGGUCGAGGAGCGGCUCCGAGGGCCAGGCACUGAGCGCGAGGGGCAAGAGCAGUGAGGGCUUACAAGAGGAUGCGCAGUCUUCGAACGCUCGAGGGAGCAACGGGGUCGCGUCGAUCGCGUCGCUCGCUGCCAAUCCUUCCUUCUCCCGCUCCUCCCCGCGCAUGUCGCAUCGAGCCGAGAUCUCCCAGGGGGUAGGAAGCAACCAACACCGAGAUCUUGACGUGCUAUCGAAGAGGAUAGAGAGGAUGGAGGAGCUGCUGUCCAAGGCGCAGCACGAGAACGCAAGGCUAAAGAACGAGCUGCAGCAGACUGGGAACGCGAGGGCAAGAGGAGCAGACAUGGGGGAAGAUUCACUGGGAGAUGCGAAGAAGGACAGGGGGGUGCAGGAGCAGGAGCAGGAGCAACAAGAGCCUGCUGUGGGUUCAAGCACUCCUGAUCCUUCGACGGAUGGCGGCGCUGGGCUGAUGGAAGGGCAGUACGAGGGGAAGUCAGCCAAGCUAGAUCUCCUCUCGCUGUGGGAGGUAGACAUAAAGAGUAUCAAGAAGCAGCGGUGCAUAGCGAGGGGGUCGAUGGGAACCGUCUGGGAGGCGACGUGGUUUGGCUCGCCAGUGGCAGUCAAGGAGAUCGACAAGUCUGCGUCUUCUUCAGCUGAAUGGAGUGCACCUGGAGAUGCCCGAGAGGAGUUUCUUGGCUCUUUCAUGCGAGAGGUCGAGAAGUUGUGCAAGCUGAGGCAUCCCAACGUAGUCCAGUUCUUCGGGUCUUUCCAGCAGGACAGCAGCAUGUCAGUUGUUACCGAGCUGCUCCACUGGGACCUCAGCCCGCUCAAGGAACGGCUGGCGAUCUGCGCGCAGGCAGCCUGUGGGCUACUCUUCCUCCACCACCAGAGCCCAGCUAUAGUCCACCGAGACGUCAAGCCGGAAAACUUCCUUCUCUCUAGAGACAGGAAGAGAGUCAAGGUUUGUGACUUCGGUCUAGCACGAGACAAGUGGAGGACCCGUAUGAACACAACGCACACGGCUGGGACUCUUCACUACGUGGCGCCGGAGGUUCACCGGGGUCAGGACUUUGACGAGAAGUGCGACGUGUACGCCAUGGCGAUGACGACGUGGGAGAUGGUCUUGCUCGAGAGCCCCUUCCAUGGCAGACCAGAGCAGGCGAUCCCGGGCAUGGUGGGCUGGGCUGGUGAGAGGCCGAGCCUCGAGGCUGUACGAAGGGCGGUCGAGGAGGAGGCGAUGGCUGCCGGUGAAGGUGAAGGGACAGGAGAGCAGCUGGGGCAGGAGCUCGAGAAGCUGAUUGCCGCAGGUUCUACUGCUGCUGCUGCUGCUGGAGGUUUUGACCCGAAUGCUAUCAUGCACAAUGACAAUGACGAGCUACGACGAGUAGAGCAUGACAAGCAGCUCUGUCCGGUAGUUAUCGCGACCACUAGUGGCUGGAAGCAGUAA